CUCCGUUCUUUCACUUUUCUCUGCGUUUCCUUCUCCUAAGUUCGUCGCGCCAAAUCUACUCUCCGUCUUUCCCAUUUCUUCCUUUCUCCUCCUCCCAUUUUUCUUCUUUUUCUUCUGAGUUUUAGACGUUUUUCUUUUCGAACGUUUGAAUGCUUUUGCAAAUUUAAAAAGAAAACGUUUUUUUUUUCUACUUCUAAUCUUCUGGAAAUUUCAAGUGGGUUCGACUCUUACUACUUCAGUAGAUCGAAAAGCUAGUAUUUUUCUUUUUCCUGUGAUAACGACAUCAAACUGUGAUAGAAAAUCGAAGAAAAAGAACCGACCCAAUCUCUUGUUUUCGAUGGUUUCUUUACAGAGGCUGCUAAUUUCAGGUUUUGAUUCUGUCUGAUUUUAUUUUAUUUUUUUCCUUCUGGUGUUGGGAUUUUUGGGAUUUUGGGUUUGGUUCUUGUUCCAGUGCCAGUUGGGUUUUGAGCGGAAAGAACGCAAGUUUGCCCGAAAUGGAGAAUUGCAGCGAUUUCUUGGAUUAUCUGGGACCUGAUAUUUCGAUUAAAGUGCUGACGUAUAUAGACGAUCCAUCGGAUCUCGUCCACAUGACUUCCGUCUCACGCUUCUGGCGCCAAUUCACGAUUGAAAAUGGUUUCUGUAAGAAACUGUGCAUACGAAUGUUUCCAGAAGUAUUAUGUUUCAAAAGUGUUAUUGAAGAAAGGAACCUGAAAGCACCUAUCAGAUCUAGCAAUUCUGUGGAAUGGGAGGGUCUGGAAAGAGACCAUAGAGUAUAUGCCCGUUUAGCUCAAAGUCUCGCCUCUCGCAGAACAAAGAGGGAUUGCAUUCAGAAGGCAAUUAGUGCUUCCAGCACUGAUAAUUAUCCAGAGGAGAGCAUCGCUCAUACACUGGAACCAAGCAAUGAAGUGAAGGGGAGGCCUUCUUAUUGGUCAAGUGAAGGAAAAGAUGAUCCCAAUUUGCCUGAGACACUGACAUAUAAGCUGAAGUCUAAGCUAUGUGUUGUUAAUGAAAUCAAGAUACAGCCAUUCGAAGCCUUUUUUCAGUAUGGCCAUCCUAUAUAUUCGGCAAAGGCUGUACGGUUUAGGAUGGGCCAUUCCAAGUCACCACUGGACAUGAAAAGCCCUAUCGCGAAUGACUCUGUGGAUGAUCAGAAAUCUCCUGAUAACAACUACAUUUGGACAUAUGUUUCACCAGAAUUCCCAAUGGUACAGGAGAAUUGCUUGCAGACAUUCAAGCUCCCACAGCCUGUUUUAUGCAUUGGUGGAAUCCUGCGGAUUGAGCUGUUGGGUCGGAUUCAGAAACAAGAAAUGGAUGGUUUAUAUUAUAUAUGCCUUCCUACAGCAUAUCCGCCCCACCUUGAUCAAACCGUUCCACCAAGCAUUUGCAGAAGUUGCGAAAACUAGAACUACAUUAUGUUGAAUGUCGGUUUCUUGCAUUAUCUGCCCCAACUUAAUAUUGAGAGCAUUUCAGCCUACCCGUAAUAUAUCUGAUGCAUAUUUCAAUGGAAAAUCAUAAUUCUUGCCCCCCCUUCUGGGGAUGUUUGAAUGUAUUUUGAGUCUUGACUCACCUUUUUUAUACACCAAAAGACACAAGUGUUGGGAUUUAAAGCCAUAUACCAUGCAUCCACACGCAUGAUGGAUUGGAUGCAAACACUAAAACAAGGCAUGCAAAAAAAACAAAAAACAAAACAAAACAAAACAAAACAAAAAAAGAAGAAGAAGAAGAAGAAGAAGAAGAAAACACAGCAUAUGAGAUUCAAAACAAACGAGUUAAAGUUGGAAGCAUGCCUUAGAAAGAAGGUGAAGAUUUGCCACAAGCUCCAAGCUUUUGUCUUCAAGCCACAACCCUUUGAUCAAAAGUUCUAACCUCCAAGGGAUGGAUCACCACAAUUUCUCAGGACCUUACACCUCUAGGAGAUGAACCCUAUGGUUACUCUUUCUUAAAAAGCUCUAACCCCAACUCAAGGGAGAGAGAAAGCAAGAGAAGAGAGAGCUGGCAUGUCCAAGCCUUGUAGUGGGAUCCUUGGGGUCAUCACAUAUAUAUAGAGUUCUAUAUGGGUUUGAGCCAAUGGUCAUUUUCUCUUAAGUGCAUGUGGGCCAUCACCAAUCACUUGGACAAAAGAAAGUUUUCAUGCUUAUGAACUUGAAUCCUUAUCGCAUACACCAUCCUACAUCCUUCUAUGUUAUCAUCACCCUAUCAUCAUGUAGGCCCGGGCUCCAAAACGUGGAUCCCACUUGAUGAUCUUGAAGAUCCACUGUUGGAUUUUUUAUAAGUGACUACAAAAAGAAAACUCAUGUACUAAAACGCAUAAAAACAUUGUUUUCUUUUAUAAAGAUCUUUUUAACCAAAAUCCUUUUGACUUAAAAGACUACAUGAGCUCAUGACUAACUGGGUCAUCAAUCCAUAUAGUCUUCCAUGAUGAAAUUGUCUAUACAACAAGAACUUAUGGUCUGGAUUUCUAAUUGGACUAUCAUGGGGAACACAUUUCCACUUAAGUGACCCAACCACAUGCGUCGUCAUUUUGGGUUGUAAGAAUCACAACAUGUAUCAAAGCCACUCAAGGAGAUAAUAAAGUUUCCAUGAUUAGUCCUCAAGCUCAAGCCUAAGGACAUUUAGAUGCGAUGCUUGGAGGUGUAUGCUCCCACAAUGGGACUCAGGGGCUUUCCUCCCACAAUCAAUUAUUCAAUGUGCCAACUUCUGAUGUUGUGUCCACUCAUGUUCUUAAAUGUAAGUCCACAACUCAAGUUGCCCAAGACAAGGCCAAUGCUACUUUAGCAAUUUUCAAGUCACUAACAACCUUUCACAUGGGUUUGGUGAACUUCAUGUGGUCCAAUGGUCAGGAGAGGCAGAUUAUGACCAAGAUUGAUAGAUUUUUUGUGCCUCAAAGGUGGGUUGAUCGGUUUCCUUUGGUGGGUCAGCACAAGUUGCCGAAGCUAGUUUCUGAACACCCCCUUAUCGUUCUUGAAGUAGAAGAUGAAAAUUGGGGCUUCAGCUGUUUAGGUUCAAAUUGGCAUGGUUGGUGGAAGGAUUCCUAGAGUUAAACUUUGGUGGGGUUUGAUUGAUGUGGAGGGAUUUGUUGGAUUUAAGCAAUAACUGGAAGAAAGAGGUGUUGGGUGGAUGGGAGAUCGAAAUGGGAAAUAUUUUAACGGGUAUUCAAGAGUCAGACAAUAAAGAAGAAAGUUCUAAGUUAUCAGAGGAAGAAAAAGGGGUGCAAUCUAAGCUAACGCCAGAAUAUCGUAACCGGUUAAAAGAGGAAGAAAUUCAAUGGCGUCCACAAUCUAGAGUGGUUUGGUUGGAGGAGAGGGAUAAGAAUACAAAGUUUUUCCAUAGCAUUGCUAGUGUUAGGGCUAGUAGCAGCAAAGUCUCUAGUUUGGUAGUGGAUGGUAGGAGAGUUGGGAAGGAGGAAUUAUGUGAGGUUAUGGUGAUUUUUUACAAAGAAUCCUAUCCAAGGAAGAUUAAGAUAGUUUGAGGAUAGAUAUCUUGACUUCUACAUGAUGUCACUAGAGUAGGCGGAUAACUUGGAGUGUCCAUUUUUAGAUGAGGAGGUGAAGUAUGCAGUUGAUUUUCUAGGUAAGGAUGACUUUCCUAUAGCAUUCUUCCAGGCAUUUUGGGACAUAGUUAGAGUCUCUUGAUGGGCUUCCUUUUUGAGUUUGGAGAGGGAAGGGCCGUUUGUCGACAAAUAUUAGUGUGUCCUUUAUUGCAAUCAUUCCAAAGGUCUCAGGGGAAGAAAACACUAAGGAAUUUAGACCCAUUAGCUUAAUUGGGGACCCUCUAUAAAAUCCUUACAAAGGUCCUCGCCUCCAGAUUCAGAUCGGUGUUGGGCAGUGUUAUUUCGGAUAAUCAAUGCGCAUUUGUGCUGGGAAGAAAGAUUUUUUAUUGUGCUCUUAUGGCUUACGAGUGCAUAGAUUCAAGAUCUGGGGAGGGCUCCUAAGGUUUGAUGUGUAAGAUGGAUAUUAAAACGGCCUACGACCCACGUCGAUUAGUCCUUUUUGGAUUACAUGUUGGGCAGGAUUGGGUGUGGUGAGAAAUGGAAAAGGUGGAUGAGGGAAUAUAUUCAAUCUACAAUAUUUUCGAUUCUUGUCAAUGGUCGGCGAAGGGCUUUUUUUAAAGCUUGAGAGGUGUGAGGCAGGGAGAUCCAUUAUCCUCGGUUUUGCUUUUUGUUGUAUUAGAAGCUUUGGGCAAAAUGUUGACGUAAGGGCAAUAGUUGGGUCUUCUUAGCAGCGUCAAGGUAGAUAGGAACAGUUCCCCAUCUCUCAUCUUCAAUUUGCAGACAACACUCUUGUAUUUUGUGAUGCGGACCCGAAAAUAGUGGAUAGGCUUCGUAUGGUACUCGACUACUUGUUAUGAAGCAGUUUCAGGCUUAAAGGUAAAUAUUGCUAGGUGUGAAAUGUUGGGGGAUUGGGGUGAACGAGGGGGAGAUGGAGAUCCUUGUUGGGAGCUCAAUAGUUUGGUAUGGUGUAAGGAAUGCUCAGGUUGAUUCUCGGUUGCUUCUUUCUUCUUGCACUAUCAAUUGUACUUUGGCAAACUUAAUGACUGUGCUAUGACAAUAUAAGGCUCCUCCAAAAUUGGCAGCUUUUGUGUGACUUUUGGGGAGAAAGAGGGUCUUGACCAUUGAUAACCUUCAUAAAAGAAUGGUGAUCCCGAACAUUUGCGUCUUGUGUAUGGGUAAUGCAGAAACAAUUGAUCAUCUUUUCAUCCACUAUCCCUUUACUCAAGGGAUUUGGGAUUCACACACCAAUCCAUUACGCAAGUGGUAGACCGAGUGAUGAUAACCUUGUUUCAACAUUGAGGUCUUGGUAUCGAUUCCCAAGUGGGGUGUGCUAACAAUGGGGUGUGUACUAACAAGCUAAACCAAAAGGAAAAAAAGAAAAAAAGGGAUUUGGGAUUUUAUUUUUUCUUCCUUCAAGUUGUCGUGGUCCAUGCCCGCUUCGGUGGAGUGUUUAUUGGAGGUAGACCAUGGAGUUUAGCAGGUGGAAUGUUACGCCCCACACUUCAGAUACAAAGUGUGCACUCUCAUAUUCGAGUUACGUUCCAUGACUCGAACACUAAGAGUACAUAAAUUCAUCCAUCAUACGAUUGUUAAGAGGCACAAUUAUAUGUAUCAUAGAUUGUCAUCACAUCAACAUUCACACAUUUAACCAUCCUACUCCAUCUAACAAUACUUCAUUCAAAACAUUCACAUUCGUAAGAUAAAUCCCCCCCCCCCCAAAAAAAAAUAAUAAUAAUAAAAAAAAUAAAUAAAUAAAUAAAUAAAUAAAAAUCUUAAGUCUACCCAUUUGGGACUUUAUUCCACUAAAUAAUCAAUCAUUGUCUAACAAGGUUAUAACUAUAAACAUGAUUCAAAUCAAAUAGUUAACAUGAAAGAAAACUAAACUUUCUAAUAUAAAUCUCAAAAAUCCUUUAAUUUGUCUAAUGCAACGAGCUCGUCUUGCAUCAAGUAUGACCAUUGAUCCCGAGUUUCAUCCACCAACCCGACCUCAUAUUCCUGCACCUGAUUGAGUCGUUAUGCGUCAUUCAUCUCUAUACGAUUGUUUAAUCCACAAUGUUAGCUGGCCAGGUGAGUGAGUGAACCCAACAUGGUUCAUGCAUAACACAAUAUAAAAUAGUACAAACAUAUGAGCAUGAAUAUAGAGAUGUCAUGGUAUGCAUGUCAAGUAGGAUGAUCGUCCACUUGCUUAUGUUGGAUAUUUGUCAACCUGUAAUUGUACCUGUUAGACAUCCACCUAGAUAGGCAUGAGUAACUUGUACCCUAUAGACAUCCACCUAGGUAGGCAUGGGUAAUACAUUCAUCUACUCCAUGAGUAGGCUUCCACUUACGUGGCUUCUGGCAACGAAUUUACCAGACAGAACCAUCCAGGGAGAUCCCCCAGGAAUCCAAGGCACGGGGUGUGCAUUUAGUCAUCUAGAGCGGGCCUCUAGGAAUUAGCACAGGAGCGCUAUGGAUGCAUGUGAUGCAUGCUCCAUGUCUAUGCGUUGGCAUACACAGUCACAUAUACAUCUCCCAGUACGAGAGGAAACAAUAAAUUCAUGCUUGUAAUGACGUACAUGUUCACAUAUUCAGUUGGAAACAUAUAUCAAGAAUUAACUUGCCAUGAUUACAUGGUAAUACGAUAAUCAUAUCAUUCAUGGCAAUUAUAGCAAACAUCACAGUCAUAUCAAGCAUAACAUCCACAUCAUCCAUCUUAACCGUACAUGUAUGAGAACACGUUGGGAUUCACGCACCAAUUCGAGGUAGGUCUAAUCCUUCAAUCAAUUGAACGCUUUAUAUAAUUAUGCUUCAAAGCCCCAUUAAAAUGAUUUAGCAUACUCAAAUUCAAUCAUAACAUUCUAACAAGUGGGAUCCACCCUUGAUCUAAGCACGAUGACCAAACAUAAAUUCUAAACUUGAAAUUUGGAAAACAACAAGGACUGUCGAUCGAUGUAAUCGAUCAAUCGAGCCUGCUCAAUAACCCUUGAUCGAUCAACCAGGAUCGAUGAAAAUUCCGAAUUAACUUUUUAAGUCUCUGGACACUUUUGUCCACCUUCGAUCAAUCAAAUUUUGCCCAUCGACCGAUCGAGCAUGGUCAGAUUAAAUCAGUUUGCUCGUUGGACCAAUUUGGUCGUUCUCGAUCGAAUGAGUUCGAUCGAUCGAGAUCGCUCGAGGAUCCCUUCGAUCAACAAACCUCUAGUUCGAUUAGUUGAACCAGGUUACGAAUUUUAAAUUUUGGUUGCUGGACAAAAAUCGACCUACUUCGAUCGAUUGAACACCAACUUCAAUCGAUCAACCGAAGUUGGAUAGGUUCAGUUACACAGUCCGGUUUUCCGAUGAUUUUAGGGUUUUUCUUCUUCUUCCUUAGUUUUGAUGAAUUUCAUUGAUUAUAGAAUUUGGGUCCAACCUAUCCAAUGGUGUUCUCUCAUAGUCGAAUUCGGAGAACCAAAGGAUUGCUUAGAUCCGAAUAUUUGGCAUCUACAAUCGAUAGUUGAAAAUUGUUUUCGACAAAAGCUAUUAUAGAUUAUACAACUUCACAAAUUUUUGUGAGAAUUCUUCAGCCGGAUCACUCUAGAAUUCGAGGUCCUAACAUGAUAUGGCUUUAGGAUUCUUUAAUUCAAAUCUCCUAGACUGACACGGCCGAUUUUCUCAAAGUCGAUCUCCCUUGUUACAGAAACUUGUUCGAAACCGUCUUCUAUUGAUCAAAACUCCUACCUUGGAUUGAGACGAUGGAUGCAAGGUGAACUCUCUACGUCCAUUGGUUGAAUCCAAUGUUUUUCUAGUAGGGAUUUACAGAAAAUAAGAACAAGAAUGUGAAAUCUUACCUGGUGGAGGCUCUCCUUUUGCGGGGCUUCCUUGUCUAUCUCGACUGCUCUUAGGUUUAGGGUUUUCUGCAUGAAUUUUAUGCAGAUCUCCCCUUUAGAUAGAGUGAGAGCCCUUAUUCUAGAAGAUUUCACUAGGGUUUUUGUGGAUUUUGGCAAAAAAUAUAAUUCCCGUCGUGUGGGGAAUCGACCCAUUGACCUAUCACUCCACCGAGAGUGUUUUUACUAACUGAGCUAAGUGCUCGGUUUUUAUUAAUAACGGAAAAUCAAAUAUUAAUUUGUUAUAGUCAAGGUCUCAAGUGGUUCAUGAAAAUCAGGGUCAUUACGUGGAAUGGGUUGUUGGCGAUAUUAGUGGCCCUUUGACCAGUUUGGGGGGAAAGGAAUGGGAGACACUUCAACAAUAUUCGGAAUGAUGUUCAUUUUGUUGUUUGUAGGGUGAAAUCUUUUGUAGCCAAAUGGGCUUCUUGUAAUGCUUCUUUGAAAGAUCAUGUCUUGCAUUUUGCUCGAAUGGGUUGUAAGCUUUUGGGCACCAUCCCAGCGCCUUUUCAAUAACAUGCCCUUCUCUCUCAAAAAUAAAAAAUAAAAAAAAUUGACAACCUUACACUUGUGCUAGCCCAAGCACAUGUUAGUUCUGAACACAAUUUUCAUAGACGAGGACCUCGGAUCCUCUCUCUUUUGUAUCAUUGGUUUAACUAAAUGCAUAAGAGCUGAUGCAAUAUCCAUGAUGGACUUCAUCGGUUUUAAUCAAACGAUAUUGUAGACUCAAGUACAACCUUCAAGAUGCAUUUGAGCACACAUGCUUUCAGAUAGUACAUCUUGCAUUAAUCAAUAUCAAAGUAGUGUACACCAUUGCCGAAGUGGGGGUACCGAUUUGGUUUUAAGGAUAUAGAACCAGUGACGUGGUGUCUCCCUGGGAAUGUAUUAUUUGGACACAAUCUAUCUAGGAAUAUGGAUUUUUUAGAUAAUAACCAGUAGGUGCAAAAUCAAGGUGGGGUCCUCGGAUGGAUUCCAAUCCAAGAUCAUCCUCAAGAAUAUUAUAUAGGUCAUCAAGAUCUCAAGAUUCUUUUCCUCUUCCAGCUUAAUGCAUUUUCAGUUAUCUGCCUAAGGGGGAAAAAAGACAAACAA